GAAGUCAACAAGUCGAUUUGUUGACGGAGCUUAAUUGUGAAUCAGUCAACUGUUUACAAAGCUUAUUGUGAACCAACAAAUUUUUCUCCAUUUUCUGCACCAUUUAUAUUUACUUACUCAGUUAAAUUCGACAGUAGAUAGCGGAGACUCAAACACUGUCGAGUGAAGGUUUUUACUUCAGUAGUUCUCCAACCAGACAGCCUUUUUACCAGUUUUUCGUCUUCAAAUUAAGUUCAGAAGUUUUCUACAGUAGAUACCGGAGACUCAGAAAUUAUUUUCUACAAAGUUUAGUUAUUUGGAUUAGAAAAAGAUUUUCAGAAUUACGUUAACAAAUCAAGCAGUUUUUAGUUUGUCGUCAAGAAGACAGUCAAUUUCGUCAGCCAAUUUCGUCAGUGAUCAUGGAGAGCAAGUGUUCUAAAGUUUUAAUUCCGUGUGACACCAGCGACCAUAUGGAAUACGGAGUACAAUAUUAUUACGAACGAUUCCACAAACAAGGGAAUGAGGUGGUCUUUCUACAUGUGGAUAAUGAAACGAUUCACGAACAUCAUCAUGACGAGACGGACAAAGAACAUCAUGGUCACGAGAAAAUCAUUGAGUUAAUGAAGGAUAGGUUGAAGAAAAUGUCGGUGAAGGCUGGAAACUUGGAGUCGGAGUUUUUGGUGGAGAAAAAUAAAGAUGUCGGACAUACCAUCCUUAAAGUUUCCGACAAGAUCAAGGCUGAUUGUAUUGUUAUGGUAUCUAAAGAUCGGGGUAAAAUAAGAAGAACUUUAAUGGGAACUGUUUGUGAUACAGUGGCCCAUAGUGCUCAUCUUCCAGUAGUUUUGAUA